AUGAAAGGCGGCCUUACAUGCAGCUCCGAAGGCAUGAUUCCAAAGUUCCAGGGUCUUUCUGGGUUCUUGUCCCAGACAAACUAUCGAGUUCCCCUCGACACCAACCAUUCUCCUGUUCAAUAUUCCUUGAGGGCUGAUAAGCACCCCUUCAGUAUUCUCCGAGAUAAUCUCUUCGAGUACAAAGGAGAAAAGGCGUAUCUCAUGCGCCUGAUUCUUCACAGCAGGCCUGAUGCAAAGUGUGUUCCCAUCCUGGCCUACCUCCUAGAAGCCGUGAGAAAGGGAUACUCCCGACUACUUAUCAAUGAAACUACUCCGCGAGAUGUUGGUGCUCCUUGGCUAUAG